AUGGAUCCGCCCUUGAGCAUCACGAUUCUCGAUCUGUUGAAAAGCUUUCUUGGCCACGAACUCGGUGAAAUGGUCCUCUCUUACCAGCUCCUGAAGAUGCUUCUUCCAAGAUCAGCAGUCGAUAGUGUAGUGUCCAUGCGUUCGUGGAAGGCGCAGAUGCUUCUUUCGAGAUCAUAUUUAAGAGGUGGCAGCUUCUUCAGCCAUGGCUUAUCCUUAACUUGGGUUAGGAUUUGA